UUUCUGUUUACAAGCCUGAAGAUGGCUGCUGCUUCUUCCUGCAAUGUGGAAGAAGACGAGAGCCUGAAGGGAUGUGAACUCUAUGUUCAGAAGCAUAACAUCCAACAGAUAUUGAAAGAAUGCAUUGUGAACCUUUGCAUAGCAAAGCCAGACCGACCCAUGAAAUUCCUCAGAGAACACUUUGAAAAAUUAGAAAAGGAAGAAUGCAAACAAAUCCUGGCUCGACAGAAAUCCAGUUCCCAGUCUGAUUCUCACGACGAUGAGAUCUCCCCUCCUCCUCCCAACCCCGUGGUAAAAGCCCGACGCAGGAGGGGGGGGGUGAGUGCAGAAGUGUACACGGAGGAAGAUGCUGUUUCUUACGUCAGGAAGGUUAUUCCAAAGGACUAUAAAACUAUGACUGCUCUGGCAAAGGCCAUCUCCAAGAAUGUGCUCUUUGCUCAUCUUGAUGACAAUGAACGAAGUGACAUAUUCGAUGCCAUGUUCCCCGUCACACACAUCGCAGGAGAGACAGUCAUACAACAGGGUGAUGAAGGAGACAACUUCUAUGUGAUUGACCAAGGCGAGGUGGAUGUUUAUGUCAACGGGGAGUGGGUCACCAGCAUUGGAGAAGGAGGCAGCUUCGGGGAGUUGGCAUUGAUCUAUGGCACACCCAGGGCUGCCACUGUCAAGGCCAAAACAGAUCUGAAGCUCUGGGGCAUCGACAGAGACAGCUACAGGCGCAUUUUGAUGGGCAGCACGCUGAGAAAGCGGAAGAUGUAUGAAGAAUUCCUGAGCAAGGUCUCCAUUUUGGAGUCCCUGGACAAAUGGGAGCGGCUGACAGUGGCUGAUGCACUGGAACCUGUCCAGUUUGAAGAUGGAGAAAAAAUUGUUGUGCAAGGAGAGCCUGGUGAUGACUUCUUCAUUAUUACAGAGGGCACAGCUUCUGUUCUGCAGCGCAGGUCUGACAACGAGGAGUAUGUGGAGGUUGGAAGGCUGGGUCCAUCGGAUUAUUUUGGUGAGAUAGCCUUACUGCUCAACCGGCCCCGGGCUGCUACGGUGGUGGCACGUGGACCCCUGAAGUGUGUGAAGCUGGACCGGCCCCGCUUCGAGCGAGUGCUGGGUCCCUGCUCUGAAAUCCUCAAGAGAAACAUCCAGAGAUACAACAGUUUCAUUUCACUCACUGUCUAA